AAGGUAAAUAAGUUAAGGGGCUGCUGCGUUUGGUUCCUGUUUACUGCAAGAUAAAGGGUUUAAACUACUUGUUUUGGUGGAAAAUUGGACCUACAAUCUUCGGUAAGAAGUUCUGGUUUGUUAAGUUUCAUGUUAAUUUAAGUUUUAAAGGUUCUAAUGAUGUUUUUGGGGGCUGUAUGUCAUGUUUGGUUUUAAUGAGUUUAUUAACUCAUUAAAAUAAACAUUAAUUAUAUUUAAUAUAUUGGUAUAUUCCUAUAUUAAUUCUUAUUUGUUUACUGUUUUAGCUUUAAAGUUUGAUUAUAUCCCCAAAUUACUUUUGGUAACAUGGAGUUCACUUCUUUACAAUUGAACAUGUAUAGCUUCUGUGGAGUACAACUCUGGCUGUCAAGAAACUUUCAUUAUAAAAACACCACAUUCAUAGAUCAUCACGACUAUCAUACACAAUACAAUACAGAAUCGUGGAACUUCAUGUAAAUUGGUUUGAUGAGCUAUGGUUGGAAGCAAAAGUAUUAUAUAUUUUUUUUAUAGAUUAUGAAAAAUAUGAGAUACUUGCUAAUUAAUUAUUUUGUUUAACUUAUUGUUUUGUACACUCUAGUUACAAUGGAAUAUUACCGAUGAAUUGAAUUUAUUUACUUUGUCACAUUUUUUAGGCAUUUCUUGUAUGUAACAAUCUUGUAUUCCGAAUUGUUAAACAUGCUUUUGGAGGGUCAGCUUGAUGUCACAAUAUUACAUUGGUUUGCCAUGUAAGUUGCUAUUAUUGUUAUUAUAUGGUACCAUAACAUGUUUAGAUAGAAUUGAAUUUACUAACUUUGUCACAAUUUUUAGGCAUUUCUUUGAGUCGCUCAAUUCUAGGUGUGCUUUUUUCAAUCCACAAAAAAAUCACUGGAUCACGGUGUAAAACACUUCUUGAAGACGUUAAAAAAACGUAAAAGAAAUAUGUGAGCUUCAUUCUAAAAAAGUGUUCUAUCUUGCAUCCUACUUAGCCGGGUAAUAUAAAGUCCACACCAUAGAUACACACAUGCAUACAAUACAUACUUAAUAUGUUCUAUAAUUUUUAUUUUUGUAGUAAACAUUGGUCGCUUAUAAUUGUUUGCCCAGAUUUCAAAUUCGGCAAUAUUGUUGAUUCUAUAAACGAAGGGAAGACCCAGAAAAAUUACAAGCUCGUCAAGAUCACUGAAGAAGUUGUUGAGAUUAAUUUUAAGUGGCACAUGGCACAGUGCAAACAACAGAAAGGCAGUUGUGAAUGUGGGUAUAUGGUAAUCAAACAUAUGAAAGAGUUUAUCGACUCUAUACAACAUGAUUUGGUUAACCGACUUUGGAAUGAAGAAGGGUAUUUUGAAGAAUCUCAAAUUGAGAAUUUAGUGGUAGAUUUAAUGUCGGGAUUUAUUAAAAAGAUGUUUUGAUCUUGUAAGCAUUAGUUUGUGUUUCAUACUUUUGUAAUUCCGUAUACUUGAACCUGUUGUUGGGUUGUUUAAUACUAGUUAACUUUUGUCGUGA